AUGCCUGGUGGAUACAAAGGCGAAUGUGGGGACGAUGUCGACCCGAUGCCCUUCCUGGCACCUCCCGAAAAGGAGAGGAUCGAAGCCAUAAACAAGCCCUACGACAUCAAGAGGUCCUGCUGGGUCAAAGACGAGAAGGAGGGCUUCGUCGCUGGAGAGAUCCAGUCUGAGCAGGGCGACCAAGUCACCGUGAAGACGGUCACCAACCAGACUGUCACUGUGAAGAAGGAUGAUAUCCAGCAGAUGAACCCGCCCAAAUUCUACCAGGCUAGCGACAUGGCGGACAUGACCUUCUUGAAUGAGGCCAGUGUCCUGGACAAUCUGCGCCAACGCUACACCAACAUGAGGAUCUAUACCUACUUGGGCUUAUUCUGCGUGACAGUCAACCCCUACAGGUGGCUGCCCAUCUACGGGUCCCGAGUGGCCAACAUGUACAAAGGCAAGAAGCGCACAGAGAUGCCACCCCACCUCUUCUCCAUCUCAGACAAUGCCUACCACGACAUGCUCAUGGAUCGUGAAAAUCAGUCUAUGCUAAUCACUGGAGAAUCUGGUGCUGGCAAGACUGAGAACACAAAGAAGGUCAUCCAGUACUUUGCCAAUAUCGGAGGAACUGGCAAACAGUCCACGGAUGGGAAGGGGUCCCUGGAGGACCAGAUCAUCCAGAAAAACCCCGUGCUGGAGGCUUUCGGGAACGCCAAGACUACCAGGAACAACAACUCCUCUCGCUUCGGCAAGUUCAUCCGGAUCCACUUCGGAACUACAGGCAAACUGGCUGGAGCUGACAGCGAGAGCUAUCUCUUAGAGAAAUCUCGUGUCAUCUCACAGCAAGCAGCUGAGAGGGGCUACCACAUUUUCUACCAGAUUCUCUCUAACAAGAAGCCUGAGCUUAUUGAAACUUUGCUGCUGGUCCCUAACCCUAAGGAGUACCACUGGGUGAGCCAGGGCGUCACCAUGGUAGAAAACAUGGACGACGGGGAGGAGCUGCAGAUCACAGAUGUUGCCUUUGACGUGUUAGGCUUCAGCGCCGAAGAGAAGCUCGGCGUUUAUAAGCUGACUGGGGGCAUCAUGCACUUUGGCAACAUGAAGUUCAAGCAGAAGCCCAGAGAGGAGCAAGCUGAAGUGGACACCACAGAGGUGGCUGACAAAGUCGCCCAUCUCAUGGGUCUCAAUUCCGGGGAACUCCAGAAGGGUAUCACCAGGCCUCGGGUCAGUAACGAGUUUGUGCAAAAAGGCCAGAACAUGGAACAAUACAACUCCAUUGGGGCACUGGGCAAGGCUGUCUACGACAAGAUGUUCAAGUGGCUGGUGGUCAGGAUCAACAAGACCUUGGACACAAAGAUGCAGAGGCAGUUCUUCAUUGGGGUGCUGGACAUUGCUGGCUUUGAGAUCUUUGAGUUCAACAGCUUCGAACAGCUGUGCAUCAACUUCACCAAUGAGAAGCUGCAACAGUUCUUCAACCACCACAUGUUCGUGCUGGAGCAGGAGGAGUACAAGAGGGAGGGCAUUGAAUGGGUCUUCAUAGAUUUUGGCCUCGACCUGCAGGCCUGCAUCAACCUCCUGGAAAAGCCCAUGGGCAUCUUCUCCAUCUUGGAGGAGCAGUGCGUCUUCCCCAAGGCCACCUAUGCUACAUUCAAGGCAGCCCUCUACGACAAUCACCUGGGCAAGUCCAAUAACUUCCUCAAACCCAAGGGAGGAAAGGGCAAGGGGCCUGAGGCCCACUUUGAGCUCGUCCACUAUGCAGGCACGGUGGGUUACAACAUCACGGGCUGGCUGGAAAAGAACAAAGACCCCCUGAAUGAAACAGUGGUGGGCUUGUUCCAGAAAUCAACACUGUCAAUCCUGGCCCUUCUCUUCAAAGAAGAGGAGGCUCCAGCUGGAGGCAAGAAGCAGAAGAGAGGUUCCUCCUUCAUGACAGUCUCCAACUUCUACAGGGAGCAGUUGAACAAGCUGAUGACCACCCUCCAUAGCACUGCCCCUCAUUUUGUCCGCUGUAUUGUCCCCAAUGAGUUUAAGCAAUCAGGUGUGGUGGAUGCCCACCUAAUCAUGCAUCAGCUGGCUUGCAAUGGAGUCCUGGAAGGUAUCCAUAUUUGCAGAAAGGGUUUCCCAAACAGGCUGCAAUACCCAGAGUUCAAACAGAGGUACCAAGUGCUGAACCCCAAUGUGAUUCCUCAGGGAUUUGUAGACAACAAGAAGGUCUCAGAGCUGUUGCUUGGGUCCAUUGACCUGGAUGUAAAUGAAUACAAAAUCGGACAUACCAAGGUAUUCUUCCGAGCAGGCAUCCUGGCCACGCUUGAGGACAUGCGGGAUGAACGUCUAGCCAAGAUCAUGACGAUGUUACAAUGUCGGCUCCGGGGUUUCCUUAUGAGGGUCGAGUUCAAGAAGAUGCUGGAACGAAGAAUUGGCUUGAAAGUCAUCCAGCGGAACACACGCAAGUUCCUAGAGCUGCGUUUCUGGGGCUGGUGGAAGCUCUACAACAAGGUUAAGCCCCUCCUGAAUGUGGCCCGGCAAGAGGAGGAAAUGAAGGCCAAAGAGGAGGAACUGAGGAAUGCCAUGUCCAAGACACAGGAGCUGCUAAACAAGGUCAAAGAUAUGGAGGAGAAGGUGGCCACACUCAGCCAGGAGAAGAAUGACCUCAACAUCCAGCUACAGGCCGAACAAGAGAACCUAAUGGAUGCUGAAGAGCGCCUGACUCAGAUGAUGAAAACCAAAAUGGAGCUGGAGAGCCAGAUCGGGGACAUGCGGGAGCAGCUGGAAGAAGAGGAGGGCACAGCUGCCUCCCUGAGUGCCCACAAGCGCAAGCUGGAGGGGGAGCUGAGCGACCUGAAGCGUGACCUGGAGGGCCUUGAGACCACGCUGGCCAAGACAGAGAAGGAGAAGCAGGCUGCCCGCAUGGCAGAAGAGCUCUGACAAGAGCAGGACCACUGCAUGCUCCUGGAGAAGAUCAAGAAGAACUAUGAGAUCACCAUCAAAGACUUGCAGGCCAAGAUGGAGGAGGCUGAGCAGCUUGCUCUGAAAGGAGGGAAGCGCACAAUCAUGAAGCUGGAAACCAGGAUCAAGGAACUAGAGACAGAACUGGACGGUGAGCAGAAACAGCAUGUGGAGACAGUCAAGACUCUGCGGAAGAAUGAGCGUCGCCUGAAAGAGCUCAUCUUCCAGACAGAGGAGGACCACAAGACCAACCAGCGUAUGCAGGAGCUGGUGGAGAAGCUGCAGAACAAGCUCAAGGUCUAUAAGCGGCAGAUUGACGAGGCGGAGGAGCAGGCCAACCAGACCUUGGCUCGCCACAGGAAGACGAUACAUGAGCUGGAUGAUGCUGAGGAGCGGGCUGGCAUGGCUGAGACUGCUUUGAACAAGCUGCGCACCAGACACCGUGUGGCUGGCAAAGGCAUCACCUCUGUGGAGAUCAUCCAGGUGUCCAAGUCAGCCUCCUCUAAAACCCUUUCUGAGGAGUGAAGUUCUCCAUGUCCCAGUCCUCAGCCGGUAGGUGUGGAUUCCACUCUCAACGGCUCGAAGUUCACCUUUCCUGCUCCUGUUUUGU